AUGUCUUCCCGCAAGAGAAAGCAAGACGCGGAGGAGGAGGAGGAGGAGCUCGUCUCCCUCCCCAGUGACGACGAGGAAGAGGAGGAGUACAUCUCCGACGAGGAUGAGGAGGACGAAGAGGAAGAGGACGAGGAAGAAGAGGAGGAGUACGAUGAAGGCGCCGAGGGUGCCGAGGAUGACGAAGAGGGUGCCGACGAGCCAGCUCCUCCCAAGAAGAAGCAAAAGACCGCCGGCGCUUCUGGUGAUGCCGUUGUUAAAUCCCUCAACGAGACCAACGGCGCCAACGGAGAGGAGGAAGAGGAGGAGGAAGAAGUGGAAGAGGAGGACGCUGAGGAAGACGAGGAUGCUGGUGACGAUGAACUCGUCUCCAAAGCCCAGGCCAAGGCCUCUGACGCCCCCGUCGCUGACGAGGAGGAGGAAGAGGAGGAGAUCGCUGCCAACGGCGAGGAGGAGGAGUAA